UUAUCUAUUAAGAAGAACCUUUCACUGGUCCAGCCCUACAGGAGGAGUGAGGGGCGACAGAAAGGCGACUCAUCGACAAUUUUUGACAUUACUUAACUUUGACGGGACUAUCCAGCGACUGUUUGGACAUCUUUAUUUUCACCAUGACACCCUGAACUGUGCGGGAGCGGUACGGUACAUGCGUUUUAACGACCGGGGAGCGGAAGUGAGAGAAGGGGGAAGUUGUUUGGGGAUAUAAGCGAAAUAAACCCCGAAAAAGUGACUUUCCUGCGUCAAGUUCAAAUUAAAUUUCGUCUUUCGCGAGAAAGGGUGGCCCUGGAGUGUGUGUGGGGGCAUGGACACCCACGUUAAAGAGGGACAGCUUUAUGUACAGCAUCAAAAGUUUGGAAAGAAAUGGAAGAAGAACUGGUUUGUCCUAUACCCUGCCAGCCAAAACGGCAUUGCCCGCCUCGAGUUCUUCGACUCACCCUCUGGCGGAGGAGGUGGGGUCGGCGGAGGCUCGGGAGGUGGGUCCAAUGAGAAAACCAGGAAGCUUGACAAGAAGAUCAUCCGCUUGUCCGAGUGCAUUUCCAUCCUGCCGGCGCUGACGGAGAGCUGUCCCAAAGAAAACAUGGCAGCGUUCUGUGUUGAGACCAAUGACAAGACCCACGUGUUUGCUGCAGAGAAGAACACCGUUAAGGAUUGGAUGGAUAUCAUGUGUGACAUUGCAUUUCAGGGAGGAAGCGGUUGCAGCACCAGUACUGCUGCAGUCUCUAAUGGAGGACCGCAAGACCUACAGAUGUCAGAAAACCUCAUCUACUACUCCAGAGAGGAGGUGAAUGAGUUUUGGGUGAGUGUUCAGCGGACUGAGGCGUCGGAGCGCUGCGGGCUGACUGGCAGCUACUGGUUGAAAGCGGAAAAUGAUGUCUUAAUCUUGAAGGACCCAAAGACGAAGAAGAAGAUUUUGGUGUGGCCCUACAAAUUGCUGAGGAGAUACGGCCGAGACCGGGUGAUGUUUUCGUUUGAGGCGGGGCGGCGCUGUGACUCGGGUCCUGGUAACUUCACCUUCGAGACUAAGCAAGGCAACGAAAUCUUUACGUUGGUGGACCAGGCUAUCCAGUCGCAGAAGGCUCUGGCUGAGGAGCGCCACCUCAGCUGCCCCAUCAACUUUGAACAAGACUGUCCUGCGUCACUGCAGCACAUACGCAACGCUGCUUCUAGUCUGUCAACGGCAAGCGGAGACAGCAGCAGCUGCAGCAGUCGGGAGGCAGAUGGAGAUUCAGGUGGCAGCAAACCGGGCUCUGCUGAUGGUGUGCUCGGGAAGAGAGAGGGUGGAGAUGGAGGAGGAGGAAGGGGACCAGGAGCAGCAGGAGGACACAAAGGGAGGAGUUUACCAGAACCACCAGCCACCAGGGCUUUUGGAGGAGGAGGGACUCCUCCAAGGUCUCCCAGGGGGCAGGUAGCAGCAAAAGGUCUUUCCUCAGCUGAUGAACAUGCAGGUCUUUAUUCGGAGCCAGCAGAUUCAGUCCGCCUGCCUCUUACUGCAUCUGACUGCCUCUACUCCGACCCAGUGGACAGCAUCAAGGGUCAAAGCCAAGUCAGCAGUCCAUCCAACCCCCCAGUGCCUACCCCACGCCUCCGACCAGUAGGAGACGAGGCUUCGGGAGGUGGCAUCCAAGGGGAUCAUCACCAUGUAGGCAGCAACCAGAGGAAGCUACCGGACGUGUACUCACAUUUGUAUGACCGUAUCAGCCUGGAGCUGAACCAGAAAACGAGCGCACUGAGUCUAAAUGGGGCUGCAGGAGGAGGAAGAGGGGGAGGAAGAGGGGUGAACAGUAACAGACGACCCCCAGGAGGUCAAGCAGAAGGGGCUGCAUCACCUCCUGCUGCCCUACCGGAGCACAUAUAUGAUGAACCAGAGGGCUGUGCCAAAGGAGGCACUAACGUGCCCGCUACUUCGGGCAUAACUAUUUACAAUGAGGCUUGGUUGGAGCCCCACAUUCAGAGGAGACCGGAAGAGGUGCUGACCCCAUCAGGACCGGAUGGAAAUUACAGCACUCCCUCCCAUGAAAAAGCCGGGGAGUCCCACAGACACUCUCCUCCACAGCUGUGCCCAAGCCGUGGCGCUCCGCAGCCUCCGGCUCCGAGGUGGCCCAAACCUUUAACUGCCCCCAAACCAACCAGGAGUGCCUUUGCUCGAAAGGAGCCUGUGCCGCUGCCUCCUAGCAAACAUGGAGGUCCUGGUAGCAAUGUAAACAACAACAACAACAACAACAAUAUUUGGGUAGGAGGAGGUGGAGGAGGAGUCAGGGAGCUGUACAGCAGAGUGUCUAAACAGAAACCUUCAUCUGCUAAAUCGUGGUGCAGCCAGAACCAACAAGCACCGCUGAGAUCACCUGACAUCAUCUAUGACAACUUGGGAGAUAUUUAACAUCCUUGUGAAAAGCUAAUGCAAAAAACUAAAAAGGCUGAAUAGCAGAUUUUUUUUCUUGCAGUUUUUGACUGAGCACAUUUCUUCUGUCUGUGGACUGCAAUAAUUGUUUGAGACAGUCGAUUCAUUCAGAGUAGAUUAGCUCACAGCUUUGAAAAAAACACAUUACGGCUGCGUUUUGAAACAUGGAGUGCAACUAUUGUAGUACCACCCUCUCCAUGUGUAUGUGUGUGUGCGCACAUGUGUGUGCGUUGUGGGAAAGCGAGAGUGAGUGUUUGCAUGGUCAAAACCAUAAUUGGGGUACCAAUCCACAGUGUGGUUGGAACCAGCCACUUCACUUGAACACACACACGUACAGAAACCAUCAAUAUUUGCCAAAGGAGUUCAGCCUACAGGCUUCACUUUAACAAGCUGAGAGAGCGGCCUGGCUCUUCUUGCAUAAAAUGUCUGCUGUGCUUAUGAAGUAACUGGGAAAUAUGUUUUUUGCACUGCUGCUUUUGUGUUUCUCUAUAACAUGAGACAAUGUGAAAGUUAUUAUUUGACAGGCUUGGAGUAUCCUCACUGCGAGGAGCAGACAUUUGAUUAUCAUCCUGAAACAAGGAGCAGUGUUUCCUAGAGGAUUUUGUGAUACUGAGGGGGUUGGACCUCAGCACCUCUACAGGGGACCGAGGACAUGCUUAACUCAAAAAAAUGUUGUAUUGAGAGAGAGAGAGAGAGAGAGAGCAAAUUUAAGAGGCUAAGUCGGCAAAAGAAGUGUGUGCUCUUGUAAACAAUUUAAUCGUAAACAGAUAUAGAGUCAAACCCACAAAGCAUGCAGUUCGCAGAUGUUCAAACCACAAAAUCAACUACUAGAGCACACAUUUGAGCCAUCAAAGAAAUGGAGCAAAACUGGUUACCUGUGUUCAACAGUUUUAAUUUUUAAGAAAUAAAAAUAUACUCCUGAGGUAUUGUUUUGGAGAAAGCAUGAAAAGUGAGACUUACGGAUCUAAUUAAGAUCUUAUAAACAGACGAAAAUGGGCCCUAAAGGAGUCAUGGGCUCACAUGGUCCUCACGUGACUGUUAAAAUACAGAGGCAACUUUCUACACAAGAUAAUAUUAUUUGAUUCCUUUUUGUUUCUAUGUACAAACAACCUAAUUAUGAAACUAAUCAGUCAUUGUGUGUAUGUAUGUGUCAUAAACAGCUGUGCUGUCUGUAAAUAUAACUAAUAAUAAAAUGGCUCCAAAACCUUAAAAUA